CAACUUGAUGAUAGUUUGAAUAUAAAGAGAAUGUGAUAAAUUUCAACUUGUCAGGUGACAUUGCUUUCAAAAUAUAGUUUAACCUGUAGUUUGACAAGCUGCUAUUCUCUUGGCGUUAGCCUAUAGGUUAAAACAGUAGUAAAUUACAUAAUCAAUAACUACGGAAUUGACCUAUGAAGACUAGGCUACGACUACAGUUAAAUAAUCAAUCAAUUUUUGGUUUACAACAUAGCAUCAGUGCUGGAAAAUACUUAUUUUGAAAUAGGUAUGAAGGAUAGUAGUGUAAAGUAGAAGCCAUGGGAAAUUCAAAUCAUAAGAAAAGUAGGCCUGAGUCUAAAACUAAAGAAGAGAACCAACCAUCUAUUAACUGGCCCCCUAUUCCGCCACUAAAAUAUACCAAGGUAUGGGAUCUGCUUUAUUCUGGAGAUGCCAGACAUUGGGAUACAGUUGCAGGUGUGUAUGGGCUAGAUAAGUAUAUCUAUAAGUGCGAUGGUCGACACUGUGAACGAGAGAUGGUUUGUACCAAUUCGAUUUGUCCAAUUUUAAGAAUGAACAACAGAAUCAUAGAUAUUGAAAGUUACAGAAAGGGGAGAGUAUCCAUACCAAUGCCAAAAGAGUUAAAGGAAUAUUUAUGUAAGGAUUUCUGCUUGUAUGCUCGUGUGUUGGCCAACAGGGCAAACCUAGUUCUUCUUGCCUUCUUCUGGUUUACAGAGCACAAACAAGUUGUCUUUCCUUUGUUGGAUAUGGACAAGAAAUGUGGAGUGAACGUGAUCCGUUUUGUAACCGAGGCUGUAACCAUGGUUCAUUGUGAGAUCUCGCCUGAUUUGGCAUAUACCAUUAUCCUUUCGCUUGCGAAUUAUGAGAAUAAAUUCUGCUAUAAGUUAGAUUUGUACGAAAACAAAACUAUGCAAGUUAUUAAAACAUUCGUAUUAAAUCAUGAAGUUCAGCCGUACGUUGCCAUGGAUCCUCGUCAUGGCUGGUCACAAGUUGCCGUAGCCAAUUAUAAAUCAGUCGAGGAAGGAAUUCGACACGAGCUUGUGAUAUUUUCAUUGGAUACGGGUAAAGCUGUAAAGAGGAGUAAUCUGUCCUUGCCUUCGUUACUUGGAGGGACGCAUUUUAAUUUGUUGUACAAUUUAGAUGGGUCGCUGCUCAUUCUGCAAAAAAUAGCAGAAGAUCGUUUUGGAGUCACAACUAAUUCUGGCAUUUAUCUCUUCAACUCCGACCAUUUACAAUUAUUGAAAUACUUUUUUGUGACCCUACCAGGAUUAUUUCGCAUCUGCCGUGCUAUUUACGAACCAAAGUUUUCAAAAUGUGGAAGCUUGAUGCGUAUAUUGGAUUUCAAACCUGUCCGUGAGGAUCGCGAAGUUACAGUGAAUAUUUAUCAGUUACCACGGCAACUUGAUUUAUCUAGUCAUUGUCGUGUGGUUAUUUUACAAAAUCUGAGAUCUGAAGAUUUUGUGGAAGAUUUGCCGUUACCCAAUCAACUGAAAUAUUAUUUAAAAUUUAAACCAAUUUGGCAAUAA